AUGGCAGAUAUGAAAUUGACCAUAACUCCCUCUAUCCUAAUCAAGCUGCCCACGAAGCUCCAUACUGGAAUCCAAUAUAUUGGAGUUACCGGUGAUAAGGACCUUAACGGCUUGUUAUGGCAGGAUGAGUGUGAAUUAAUUAUUUCCACACCCUUCCUUGCUCCAGCGUCCCUAACAGACGCAGAACGAAGAAGGAUUAUCCAUCGCCCACCCCCAGAGGAAGAAGAUGCCCUCUGUCGACAAGCGUGUGGGCUGAGCAUGACCGAACUAGUGGCCAAAGCCAUAGCCAUACCCAACAACGACAACGGCAGUGGUGCCAAAAGUCUCAUGCUCACUUAUAAGGAAGCCCAUCUUCUAAUAGCUGGGGUGGUGCCUGAGCAGCCUGGGUAUCUCCUGUCUGAGCGGGCUCGACUGAGUGAGGCAGAUCGCGGUCUGACACAUAGAGCUGCCGCUGCUGCUCUGACCGAGGAAUUGAAAGUCGCGCGAGAGACGGCGCUGGCGGUUCAACAGCAAUGGUUGACAGCACAGACAGAGGCAUCUAAGAGUCUAAAUGACGACGAUGUUCGGAAUAUUCUCUUUGCGAUGCGAGUGCCGUGGCAGGAGCGGAUUAUUCAAUCUACCUCUAUAUAUGAUUCUCCUGUCUCUGGCCUGGUACAGACAGGCAGAGAAGAAAUAGGCCCGCUCAAGGUGGACAUCAAGCAUAUCGCACCAACGCUGUCUGCCCGGCUGGUCCAGUGCGAUCUCUUGGGCAACGCGAAACGAUGGCCGUAUCGGCAUACAUCGGAGCUGACAAUGCUGCACCAGGCGGCGCGACACUCGCGGGAUAACCAGGGACAGCCGGACGGCAUUUGGCCGCCGCCAGCUCGGCGUAUGUAG